AUGUCUUCCAAGGGCACCUUCGGUUCCGGCUCUGGCUCUGGCUCCGACGGCAGCGGCUCCAGCUUCAACUACACGAGCUCGGGCACCAACUCCCAGGUACCUCGCCCUCGCAAGCUUUCCCGCGGAACCCCCGUCCUUAAUGCAAUCACAGGAAACCACUACUGCAGUCGCGACUACGGCUCGUCGGCCUCGAACUCCAACUCGUACCAUUACUCCAACGGCAACGGUAAGCCUUCUUUCUCCGACAGAGCCUGCCGCGUUUUUUCUACACAGAUUGAAAUGAAUAGACUGACCGGUGAUAAUACAGGCAGCUACUAUUACUCGAACCCCAAUGGAUCCACCUAUUACAACAGCGGCUCGGGCUACAGCAAGUACACUGCCCCCGGCGGAAAGUAG